AUGGACAUAUUGCCAUAUCAACCUCGAAUAGCUUUCACAAGAACUUAAAGAGUAAGAUCUAUGCUUUAAACUCCUAUAAGUUUACCUUAAACUAGCUCGACUAAUUUUAAUCAAUAAAAUUAAGGAUAAAAUCAAUCUAAUAUCUAAUUCAAAAGAAAUCGAUAGCUUCGUAAUAGCUUCAGUGAAUUACCAGGAUUUUAAUUAAAGAACUAUUAAUUUUAAGGAACUUUAGGGAAGGGUUAAUUUGCAAAAGUUUACAAGGCCUAAAGAAAAAGUGAUGGUUUGAUUGUGGCUAUCAAAGUUUAUGAGAAAUGCUUUUUGAAUAUGAUGAGGAAGUAGAAUAUAUAGAGAGAGAUUAAUAUAUUAAAUCAGUUGGAACACACAAAUAUUAUAAAGUUGAUUGAAGUGGUUGAUAAUUUGAGAGGAAUAAAUUUAAUAAUGGAAUAUGGUGGAGAUGAGAAUUUAAGAGAUCUUUCUAAUAGAUCGGAAAGUAACAUUAAACAGAUAAUUAGACAAAUGAUAAGAGCAUUGAAUUAUCUUUAAAGCAAAUAGAUUAUACAUAGAGAUUUAAAGCUAGAUAAUGUUUUAAUAAACAAUGGUGUGGUUAAAAUUAUUGAUUUUGGAUUUGCAGUAUAAACAGAUGGUAAUAAAUUAUCUGUUUUUUGUGGAACUCCAAAUUAUAUGGCACCAGAAUUAUUAUUAAAAAUUGUUUGUUAUUCUUAUGAAGUUGAUAUGUGGGCAUUAGGGAUUAUCUUAUAUCAUUUGAUAGCUAUUGCAUAUCCUUUUAAAGGGAAAAAUGAAUAGGAAUUAUAUACUUGUAUCAAAUAGGGAUUUUAUUAAAGACCAUAAAGCAUUAGUGAAUUAGGAUUUUAAUUUUUAGAUAAAUUGCUUACAAAUAAUCCAAAAAAAAGAAUAACUGCUAAAGAAGCUCUUUUACAUAAAUGGUUAAUCGAACCUAUGAUAAAAUAUUAUGAUUGA